AUGAUUUUUGAGAACAACUUUGUGUCGAGAGAGCUACAGAGUGGGGGUUACGACGUGGACCUGUUUGUGGACGGUCCAGACUAUGACCUGCUCUGCACCAUCUGUAGAGCUGUCCUGAGGUGUCCUGUCAGAGUGGCCUGUAACCAUGUCUUCUGCAAGACCUGCAUCCUACAGUGGCUCAGGAGGUACACUCUCUUCUCUAGACAGGAGACAUGUCCCUGCUGUAGGAACACUAUCAGUCCCAGCUUUAUGUUCGUCAUGUACAAAUUGAGUAAAACUAUCAGCCGCCUCAGGAUUAAGUGUAACAAUGAGGGAUGCUCGGCCACUUUCCCUCUGUCUGAGGAGUUCCUCCAUAGUUCCUCCUGCCAGUUCCAGAGGGUUCCAUGCCCCCACCAGGGCUGUGGUUCCUUGGUGCCCCGCUCAGCCCUGGAGGUCCACUCACAGCACUGCCAGCACUGGAGCCAGCUCUGCCCCAUGGGCUGUGGUACUCUGCUCACACAGGCCACCCAGCCCCAACACAACUGCUUCAGGCAGCUGAGGCAGCAUGUGGAGGCCCAGAGGCAGAGCCACAGAGCCAUCGCUAGCGCCCUCCGGAGAAAGAUGGGGAGAAUGCAGACGGCCAUGACACACGUCAGGAGGCAGGUGGCGCUCAUCUGUGAGAGCCUAGAGGUCAUGGGAGAGGGGGAGGGAGAAGGGGAGGAGGGUGGAGAGGUGUAUGAGGGAUAUGGAGAGGGGGAGACUACAGGGGAGAGUAACACAAGCAGCAGUAGCAGCAGCUCUUGA